AUGGCAGAGAUCAUAUGCAUGAUACUUCUUUUGGUGGUACUUCUUUUGGGGUACUUCUUUUGGACAACCUGGUUUAGGUAUGACCUAAACCAAGCCUUUGGAGGUGAACAAUCGACAAACGCUAUAGAAGAAGUAGAAGAAGAGGAUCCAGGAACCCAGAUUGGGGUGUUAGGCAUCGUGGCCAUCAAUUACGUAUUGAUUGACCAAGGAUACAACGUCAGCGAACCCUUUCCUUCCAAAUUCCAAUUUCUUUUGGACUGGCAAUUGCAAAAAUUGAUCAACCUUUUCUCUUCGAGAGGUCAUCCAAUAAUCAUGCAAAGUUCGGUGAGAUUCUCAAGCUGCCGAGGCGUGGCCUUUGAGGUGAAACCUCACGCUGAUCCCUUCGCCAUAACAACUGCACCACCCCAACACCUCUCAGAAAGCAAACGUUUUUGGCCUUUUGACACUUCCAGAGUCUUCCCUUCUUCAACAGAAAGAUCCUUCAGCAGCGCCAGUAGCCAUUUCUGUGACCUUGAAGAUGAAGACCAAGAAGAUGCUCCAGCUGAAAGCAUCCCUCUAGAAAACUACGACGUAGAGAAACAAAACCCACUGCCCCAACUUGCUGUGCACAACGCUAACAGCAAGUCUCAGCAACCGUCCAAGCCUGCUAGAAAAAACGAAUCAAGAGUUUCUGUCAUACUUUUAGAUCAAGGCUUGUUCACGGUCUACAAGCGACUUUUCGUUAUGUGCUUGGCCCUGAACGUUACUGGCUUGGUUCUUGCAAGCACAGGGCAUUUUCCCUAUGCAAGGAACAGGGCUGCUUUGUUCUCCAUUGGUAACAUACUCGCUUUGACUCUCUGUCGAAGCGAGGCCUUCUUGCGUGUUGUGUUUUGGGUCGCAGUGAAGACUCUUGGGAGGUCAUGGGUCCCUCUCUUCCUCAAAACAGCUACAACUUCUCUUCUACAAAGCCUUGGAGGCAUACACAGUGGUUGUGGCGUGUCUUCAAUUGCAUGGCUGGUGUACGCACUAGUCCUCACUCUUAAAGAUAGAGACAACACUUCAACGUUGAUUAUCGGUGUCUCCUCUUCCAUUCUUGCCCUUCUUUGUCUCACAUCUUUGGCUGCAUUCCCACUUGUUCGGCAUCUCCACCACAAUGUGUUCGAGAGGACACAUCGUUUUGCAGGAUGGAUGGCCUUGUGUCUCCUUUGGGCCUUCAUCAUGCUCACAAUCUCUUAUGACCCUAAAAGCAGAUCCUACUCAAAAGAACUCGGAUCAAGGGUGGUGAAAAGCCAAGAGUUUUGGGUCACGGUGGGCAUCACGGUUCUUAUAAUAAUGCCAUGGUUGACAGUGAGACGUGUGGGUGUGAAAGUGUCAAGUGCUUCUGGGCAUGCUUCGAUGAUAAGGUUUGAGGGAGGAAUAAAGGCUGGGAUACUUGGAAGGAUAAGCCCCUCUCCACUGUCUGAGUGGCAUGCCUUUGGAAUAAUAUCAGAUGGGAAGAAAGAGCACAUGAUGCUGGCUGGUGCAGUUGGUGACUUCACAAAGUCUUUGGUCUCAAACCCACCAACCCAUUUGUGGGUUCGCCAAGUGCACUUCGCUGGCCUCCCUUAUUUGGUGAACAUGUAUGGGAAGGUCUUGUUGGUGGCCACUGGCUCAGGAAUUUGUGUCUUUCUUUCCUUCCUUUUGCAGCCAUGUAAAGCGGAUGUUUACUUACUUUGGGUGGCUAAGGGGAUUGAACAAAACUUCGGUAAGGAAAUUAAAGAAAUGGUAAGUGGGUACCCAAAAGAGAAGGUCAUACUCCAUGAUACUGCUGUGCUGGGUAGGCCAAACGUCUCUCAUUUGAGUGUCUCCGCUGCAAAGAAUUGGGGUGUUGAAGUGGUCAUUGUCACCAGUAAUCCAGAAGGAAGCAGAGAUGUUGUGAAUGCAUGCAAACAAGUUGGAAUUGCAGCCUUCGGUCCCAUAUGGGAUUCCUAGUUUCUUUUUCCUCUCUUACUCUAUUUCUUGUUUAAUUCCUUUCUCCUACCUAGGCUUGGAGAAAAUACUUCAAAACUCUUUAUUUUAUCGAUUUAAACAUCAUACCUUUUUUAGGUUCUAAUUCACUUGUGUCCUUAAUUUUCUACUUUGAUCAUUUCAAAAGGAAACGUAUAUAUAUGUUUCGAA